AUGCGGGAUAGUGCCGCUACAGCCAUAGAAGCUUUCCUGCAGAAUAUAGACGUUAAAGCUACAACUAGUCUUUUAUUUGUUGGAGACUACAACAAUUCUUGGCGACGAGGAUGGGAUAAAGAAGGUUACUGCUCAUCCGCUGAAUCAAAAUCAAAGCCAGCAAAGAAGUUCGAAAAACAAAAGUACAAGGCAUUUGUGAAGUCCAAAGGAAUUUCAGUGAAACGCAUCGAUCUUCAAGGGAAGAGGAAAUACGUUAUUGUUGGAAUCAAUGGCAAAGAAGCUGUCCUUCAGUUAGAUUGCGCUUCUGAUAUCACCAUUAUUUCUACGCAGACCUGGGAGGCGAUAGGCAAACCAGCCAUCAGAGAAACUGACAUAACCGCCAUCAGCGCUUCCGGAGACAAGAUUAACAUGGCUGGUGAGUUCCUUGCAGACAUAACCAUCCGAAGCGUGACAAAAGCUGGCAUUGUCUAUGUGUCAUCAAGCCCGGAUUUGAAUGUCCUUGGAAUUGAAACAAUCGAUCUAUUCCAUCUAUGGUCGAUUCCUUUCAACUCACUGGUCAAUGCUGUGCAUCAGAAGCCGGAAGACAUUGAGCAAAAGCUGCGUACGAAGUUCCCGGAAGUGUUCCAGAGCACACUUGGCCGGUGUACCAAGGCAAAAGUUAAACUCUACCUGAAGCCCAACGUCCGUCCCGUGUACUGUCCCAAGAGACCAGUUGCAUAUGCUGCUCUUCCCAAGGUGGAUAACGAACUUCAACGUCUUCAGGACAAGGGAAUUAUCUCACCAGUGAAGUUUUCCGACUGGGCAACUCCAAUAGUAGUGGUCCGUAAGUCAGACAACGUUUCCGUCCGUAUCUGUGGCGACUAUUCUACAGGGUUAAACAAUGCGCUAGAAUCAGAUGCCCAUCCGCUACCACAUCCAGAUGAUAUUUUUGCUGAUCUAGCUGGCUGCCGUUAUUUCUCCCAACUCGAUUUUUCUGAUGCGUACCUGCAAGUCGAGAUUGAAGAGGAAUCACAAAAGUAUCUGACGAUAAACACUCAUCGAGGACUGUUCAAAUACAACCGUCUGCCGCCUGGAAUCAAGUCCGCUCCUGGUGCCUUCCAAAGGAUUAUUGACAGUAUGGUCGCUGGUAUUCCUGGAGUAAAACCGUAUCUAGACGAUAUCAUGAUUUCUGGUAAGACAAAAGAAGAACACAAUCGAAGCCUUCAUGAGGUCCUGGAGCGGAUCAAAACGUACGGUUUUCAUCUGAAGAUCAAAAAAUGUCGAUUUGGUCUAUCACAAAUUAAGUUCCUAGGCCAUAUCAUCGACAAAGACGGCUUACGACCUGAUCCCGCGAAGACAACCGCAAUUUCGCAAAUGCCAGCUCCAACCAACGUAUCACAGCUUCGAUCGUAUCUUGGAGCUAUCAAUUAUUAUGGGCGUUUUGUCAAGCAGAUGAAAGAGCUAAGAGCACCCAUGGAUUAUUUACUGAAACAAAACGUGAAAUGGGAAUGGACUACGAACUGUCAGAAGUCGUUCGACAAGUUCAAAAUGCUGCUCACUUCCGACUUGUUGCUGACACAUUUUGACCCGAACAAAGAAAUCAUCGUCGCAGGUGAUGCAUCCAAAAAUGGCUUGGGCGCUGUUAUUAUGCAUCGUUUUCCGAAUGGAUCAGUGAAGGCUAUUUCGCACAUUUCAAGAUCUCUAACUCCUGCGGAGCAAAAUUACGGCCAGAUAGAAAAAGAAGCUUUGGCACUGGUUUUUGCUACUGAUCACCAACCACUUCUUAAGGUGUUCGGGAGCAAAAAAUGUAUUCCGGUAUACACGUUAACCGGCUUCAACGCUGGGCGCUUACGUUAA